GUGGCGGCGAGGCAGGACGCGCGCAUUCGCUCGCUUUCUUCGUCCCCGUGGACGCGUCUCAAAGGUCAAACGCCGCCCACAGUCGUUUCCCUUCGGAUUCAUUAAUAUUUCACGAGAUUUGCCCAGCGCGCCUUGCCCCGCCUCGCCCCCAGUGACCCCUCAGCGCGACGACCGUGAGGUGUUGACGGCAUAAUGCGAAGAUGCGGAUCCUGCAGCACGUAUGCAGCGUCAUGAUCGCUCUGUGGGCGAUACCCGUAGCUCCCCUCAGGACGCUGCCACACGUCGCCGCCGUGCCCGCCGUCGCAGUGCACAGGGUGCGGCACUCUGACACAUGGCACUCGUUGUCCAAGCGCAGCGCGGCCUGGGGCUCGCCCUCGUCGACCUCGUCGCUGGUGGCCUCGGCGCGGGGCCAGGAGGUCGUGGCCGCGGAGGGGGGCACCACCACGCCGGCGGCGGCCGCGGCGGCUGAGGAGGCCACCACCACCGAGGAGCCGUACGACGCCGGCGGCGACGAGGGCGGCGACUUCGGCUCCGACAUCCUCAACACCCUGCUGGAGGUGGUCGGCGCGCUGCUGUCCUUCUUCACCGACCCGCCGGGCGCCAUCCAGAAGAUGGUAGAGGAGGCCCAGAAGCUGACGGGCGCGGCCCGCUCCCUCAUGGGCACGGGCCCGGCCGGAGCGCGCGCUGCGCAAGGCAUGCUGGAGGAGGCCAAGCGCAUCCUGGAGUCGGCCAAGGGCCUGGUGGAGGCCGGCGGCAAGGUGGCCACCAAGGCGCGCGACGUGGCGGAGUCCCUCUCGCGGCCCUGGCAAGGCUAGCCCGCAGUCAGUGUGCUCGCUAUCCCCUCGUUCGCCCAGGCGUGGCCCCUGGUCAUCAGGCUCCGCGGUGCCGCAGGCCGGAUGCCCAACUCGCCCCUGCUCGACAGUGCUCGGCUGCGCUCGGCAGCGGUCGGCAGCCUGGCCGGUGCCCCUUCGGCUACUCGGCGUUCCACUUACCAAACGAGGCGGGGCGGGGCCUCCCCCAUCACUUUAUACAAUGACGCUCUUCUUUUUAAUACUCUUCAACACCACGUCGGGGUGCUCUCUUUGUUUUCGCCAAGCGCAGAGACGUGAAAUAAACGUGCGGCAGGCAAAGCAACACCACAGAAA